GAGACAUUUUUUCGUUUAGGGAUUACGACGUCGUAUUUAUUCUUUCUUCUCUUCGAUCUAAACGGUAAAAAUAAGAAAACCCUAGCGCUCUCAGAAUUGAGGUAAGCAGAAUGGGAACUUCAGUGCAGGUAACGCCAUUGUGUGGAGUGUACAACGAGAACCCACUCUCCUACCUCGUCUCCGUCGACGGCUUCAACUUCUUAAUCGACUGUGGCUGGAAUGACCUCUUCGACCCUUCCCUCCUUCAACCCCUCUCCAGGGUGGCGUCGACGAUUGACGCAGUGUUGUUGUCUUAUCCAGAUACGCUUCAUCUCGGCGCCUUGCCUUAUGCCAUGAAGCAGCUUGGUCUCUCGGCUCCAGUUUACUCCACGGAGCCGGUGUUUAGAUUGGGCCUUCUCACGAUGUACGACCAGUAUCUUUCAAGGAAGCAAGUCUCAGAGUUUGAUUUGUUUACUCUGGAUGAUAUAGAUUCUGUUUUUCAGAAUGUGACCCGGCUAACCUACUCCCAGAAUUACCAUCUAUCUGGCAAAGGAGAGGGAAUUGUGAUUGCUCCACAUGUGGCUGGACAUUUGUUGGGUGGUACUGUUUGGAAGAUAACAAAGGAUGGUGAAGAUGUUAUAUAUGCUGUUGAUUUUAACCGUCGAAAAGAAAAGCAUUUGAACGGAACUGUUCUGGAAUCUUUUGUCCGGCCUGCUGUGCUUAUAACUGAUGCCUAUAAUGCUUUGAAUAAUCAACCUCCUAGACCACAAAGGGAAAGGGAUAAAGAUUUUGUAGACACUAUUUCUAGGACACUAGAAGCGGGUGGAAAUGUCUUACUACCUGUUGAUACUGCUGGGCGAGUCUUGGAACUGCUCUUAACAUUGGAAGAGCAUUGGACUCUGAGGUCUUGGAACUAUCCUAUCUUCUUUCUCACAUAUGUUGCAUCAAGCACAAUUGAUUACGUGAAGAGUUUCCUUGAGUGGAUGAGUGAUUCUAUAGCAAAGUCUUUUGAAACUUCACGUGACAAUGCUUUUCUUCUGAAGCAUGUCACUCUUUUGAUCAGCAAGAGUGAACUUGAUAAAGCUCCAGAUGCUCCAAAGGUUGUCCUAGCUUCCAUGGCCAGCUUGGAAGCAGGCUUUUCUCAUGAUAUUUUUGCUGAAUGGGCAACAGAUCCCAGGAAUCUUGUGCUGUUUACUGAAAGAGGUCAGUUUGGCACACUAGCUCGUAUGCUUCAGGCAGAUCCACCUCCAAAAGCUGUUAAACUCACCAUGUCCAGGAGGGUUCCUUUGGUUGGGGAGGAGUUGAUAGCUUAUGAAGAAGAGCAAAACCGAAAGAAGGAAGAAGCUCUAAAAGCUAGUCUUGUCAAAGAGGAGGAAUCUAAAACUUCCCAAGGACCUGAUAUCAUUUCAAGUGAUCCAAUGGUCAUUGAUGAAGAGAAUAAGCAUACUUCUCUAGAUGGCCAGUGUGGGAGUGGAUACCGUGAUAUACUGAUUGAUGGAUUUGUGCCACCGUCCACUAGUGUUGCCCCGAUGUUUCCCUUCUAUGAAAAUACUUCUGAGUGGGAUGAUUUUGGUGAAGUCAUUAAUCCUGAUGAUUAUGUAAUCAAGGAUGAAGACAUGGACCAAGGAGCCAUGCACGUUGGUGGGGAUAUGGAUGGGAAAUUUGACGAAGGAGCUGCUAGUUUAAUGCUUGAUACAACACCUUCAAAAGUCAUAUCCAGUGAAUUGACUGUACAUGUAAAGUGUGCAUUGGUUUACAUAGACUAUGAAGGACGUUCUGAUGGUCGAUCUGUCAAAUCAAUCCUUGCCCAUGUGGCUCCCUUGAAGCUUGUCUUGGUACAUGGAUCAGCAGAGGCCACAGAGCAUUUGAAGCAGCACAGCUUGAAACACGUUUGCCCUCAUGUCUAUGCUCCCCAAAUUGAAGAGACAAUUGACGUCACUUCUGACUUGUGUGCUUAUAAGGUACAACUUUCUGAGAAGCUGAUGAGUAAUGUGCUAUUUAAAAAGUUGGGAGAUUAUGAAAUAGCUUGGGUUGAUGCUGAGGUAGGGAAAACAGAGAAUGGUAUGUUGUCUUUACUACCAAUGUCGACCCCACCUCCACCACAUAAAUCAGUCAUUGUUGGUGAUGUAAAAUUGGCAGAUUUCAAGCAAUUCCUUGCCGGCAAGGGUGUCAAGGUAGAGUUUGUUGGCAAGGCAUUACGAUGUGGUGAAUACGUUACAAUACGCAAAGUUGGGGUCACUAGCCAGAAGGGCGGUGGCUCCGGAACCCAGCAAAUUGUUAUUGAAGGCCCCUUGUGUGAAGAUUACUACAAGAUUCGUGAUUACCUAUAUUCACAGUUCUAUUUACUUUAAGCUGUAACCCAACAUCUUUAUGUAAAUUUUGUUUCCCCUUAAUCAAGGGUAUUGAGAAAGAUUCACAAGAUUAGCUCUUCAUUAUGUUGCCUUUGCCUUGCGCUUGCCAUUGGUUUGCUUAGUUUAGUUGUAUAAUGUACUUGAAUGUACAAUAGAUUGCUCGUUCCAAU